CAGACAAGGCAGUUGCGCUCUGUAGACUCCGGACAUGCCAGGAAUGUGCUGCCAAGCACCUGCCGGCCCUCUCUAGUUCAUGCCAUUGAGAGAAAACGCGCCAGGGUCUUUCCGCAGCCGGUGCACGAUGGCCCGAAAAUCUCGCAGCGAGGAUGAGGACGAUGAUCUUCAGUUUGCAGAUCAUGAUUAUGAAGCUCCUGUUCAGAAAGGCUUGAAGAAAAUCUGGAACCGUGUUAAAUGGACAAGAGAUGAGGAUGCAAAGCUCAAGGACCUAGUUGAACAACAUGGGAGCGAUGACUGGACUCUGAUAGCGUGCCAUUUUGUGAGCCGUUCAGAUGUCCAAUGCCAGCAUCGAUGGCAAAAGGUUUUAAACCCUGAACUCAUUAAAGGCCCUUGGACCAAAGAGGAGGAUCAGCGGGUGAUUGAAUUGGUUAAUAAAUAUGGCCCAAAAAGAUGGUCCUUGAUUGCAAAGCAUUUGAAAGGGAGAAUUGGCAAACAAUGCAGGGAAAGGUGGCAUAAUCACCUAAAUCCAGAGGUGAAAAAAUCUUCCUGGACAGAAGAAGAGGAUCGCAUUAUAUAUGAGGCUCACAGACGCCUGGGGAACCGCUGGGCGGAAAUUGCCAAGCUGCUUCCUGGCAGGACCGAUAAUUCAAUAAAGAACCAUUGGAAUUCUACAAUGAAGCGGAAAGUCGAGCAGGAAGGCUACCUGCAGGACGUGAAAUGUGAAAACCCACCUGUACGGCGCCAUGAAUUGUUUGAUGCGUGCAAUCAGUUACAGGCGCAGAAUCAAUUUUACAUCCCUGUCCAAACACAAGUUCCAGGAUACCAUUAUAUGUCUCUUGAUGACAGCUGCAUAGAAAGCAUUCAGAAUUCUUUUGCUUACAUACAGCAGCCCUUUGCUGAUGAGGAUGAUCCUGAUAAGGAAAAGCGAAUAAAGGAGCUUGAGUUGCUGCUUAUGUCAGCUGAGAAUGAAGUCCGAAGAAAGCAGGUGUCAUCUAAGGAAAGUUUCUCAAGCUGGUCUGGAAGCUUUCUUAUGGAAGAUGGUGUGCCCAAUGCACUUAAUAGCCUGGAGGAGCAGGCGAGCGAGUUCUACAGCCUGCAGGAGACACAGGACACCUCCGGCCACAAUAACUCUCCGUCUAAGAUAUUGACCAUGGAACCAAGUACAGCUUUGUCCACAUUAGAGACCAUUCCAGAGUUUGCAGAAAGCUUCGAUCUUAUUGAAGCAGAUCCUUCUGCAUGGAAUAAUAUCACUGGUUUUGAGGUUCCCAUUGUCGUUUCUCCUGUCAAACUCACUCCGCUGAAGCUCGUUCCCGUUCAGCAUGAUGGUGCACAGGAUUGUCAAACACAUUGCAACCUGGGGCUUCCUAAAAUGAAUCCUGCUACACCCCCUGCCGUGUCAAAGUUCAACACGCCUCCAACUAUUCUAAGGAAGAAAAGGGUUCAAAAGAGCCUCUCGCGUGGGAUGUUGGACAGCAACAAUGCCGUCGUCAAGGGAACUCCAGUGAAGAUACUUCCGUUUUCCCCUUCACAGUUUCUCAACACGUGUUCUGGAAAUGUUCAAGAGCCGUUCGGUCUGGAAAAUCCUUCCUACACAUCCACUCCAAUAUGUGGCCAGAAAGUCCUCACAACUCCUCUUCGAAAGCAACUGACUCCUAAAGAAGAUAAAGAAAACAUUGGGUUUAGAACACCUACCAUCCGAAGGUCCUUAUUAGGGACAGCGCCGAGAACACCCACGCCUUUUAAAAAUGCUCUUGCAGCCCAGGAGAAAAAAUAUGGACCUCUUAAAGUUGUGUCCCAGCCUCUGGCGUUUCUCGAAGAAGACAUCAGAGAGGUGUUAAAGCAGGAGACCGGGGCUGACAUAUUCACUAAAGAUGAAGCUGAACAGAUGUAUAAACCAUACAAACGACAGCACAGCUCUGUUGUGAAGAAAGUUAGGAAAUCUCUGAUCCUGGAUAGUUGGGAUAAAGAAGAACUCGGUGCUCAGCUGUUGACGGAAGACAACGUGUUUUCUGACUUACAGAAUGAAAAUAUCCUUUCUUCUUCGUUGUUGAUACCAUUGCUUGAAACACAAGAGGCAGAGUGCGACAUGAGCGAAGUAAAACCCGAGGAACUGCCCCGGAAAAAGCCUAAUCCUGUUUUGAAACAAAUCAAAGUGGAAACGUCUGUCCAGUCCCUUUGUGAGUGGGAAGCUGUUGUGUAUGGAAAGACAGAAGACCAGCUGAUCAUGACCGAGCAAGCAAGAAGAUAUCUUGACACCUACAAAGGCACUACAAGCUCUACAUCAAGACCCAUCAUCUUAUGAAUGUUGGUUAACCCAGUUUUCCGCUUUCUGCACUAAAAUAAGACUAUUAGCCAGAGGUUAACAGUAAUGUCUCUCUCUCCAGCACCAC